AUGGUGCACUCAAAAAGCUCACCACCCAGUGUCCCUGACGGCUGGAAAGCGGUUCUUGAUGAUGAAUACCAAACAUACUUCUUCGUUGACUUGAAGAGCGGCAAAUCUCAGUGGGAAGAGCCAAAGGGUACAACGUGGAAUAGCGACGCACCACCUCCAUAUAAAGAAUCGCGGCCUUCGGGGGAACCAUCUAGCGUAAGAGACAACUCCGGCAACGCUUCAGGGGGGACCGGCCGUGGUAACUUCACCGCGCAGCAACAGGCGUAUCCUCAGCAAAGCUAUCCACAACAAAACUAUCCACAACAGAACUAUCCACAACAAAACUAUCCACAACAAAACUUUUAUCCCCAGCAAGGUUAUUAUCAGCAACAGCAGGGAUACUACCCUCAGCAAGGGUUCCCACAACAGGGCUUCUACCAACAGCCACAGCAACAGCAGGGCCGCAAGAAACAUGGAGGCGCCAUGAUGGGUGGUCUUUUGGGUGCAGGGGGAGGACUGUUAGCGGGGUCCUUGCUAACGUCUGCCAUGAUGCCCCAUGAAACGAUGGUUGAAAACAAUUACUAUGAUGAUAACGGAAAUUACGAUGGCGGAGGAUAUGAUGGAGGUGACUUCGGUGGGGGAGAUUUUGGCGGUGGUGAUUUUGGUGGUGGUGAUUUUGGGGGCGGUGAUUUUUGA